CAGGUAUCUUCUGCAGAGGUACGCAUCGGACCCAUGAGACUGACACAGGACCCUAUCCAGGUUUUGCUAGUCUUUGCCAAGGAAGAUAGUCAGAGUGAUGGCUUCUGGUGGGCCUGCGACAGAGCCGGAUACAGAUGCAACAUUGCUCGGACUCCAGAGUCAGCUCUUGAAUGCUUUCUGGAUAAACACCAUGAAAUUAUUGUGAUUGAUCACAGGAAAACUCGUUACUUUGAUGCGGAAGCAGUGUGCAGGUCGAUCCGGGCCACAAACCCCUCGGAGCACACAGUGAUCCUGGCAGUGGUUUCACACAUAUCUGAUGACUGUGAAGAGGCCUCAGUCCUUCCUCUCCUCCAUGCAGGCUUCAACCGGAGAUUUAUGGAGAAUAGCAGCAUAAUUGCUUGCUAUAAUGAACUGAUUCAAAUAGAACACGGGGAAGUUCGCUCACAGUUCAAAUUACGGGCCUGUAAUUCAGUGUUUACGGCAUUAGACCACUGUCACGAAGCCAUAGAAAUAACAAGCGAUGACCACGUGAUUCAGUACGUCAACCCAGCCUUCGAGCGGAUGAUGGGCUACCACAAAGGGGAGCUACUGGGCAAAGAACUUGCUGACCUGCCCAAGAGUGACAAGAACCGGGCUGACCUUCUGGACACCAUUAAUACCUGCAUCAAGAAGGGAAAGGAGUGGCAGGGGGUUUACUAUGCCAGACGGAAAUCCGGGGACAGCAUCCAACAGCACGUGAAGAUCACCCCAGUGAUUGGCCAAGGAGGGAAAAUUAGGCAUUUUGUCUCCCUCAAGAAGCUGUGCUGUACCACUGACAAUAAUAAGCAGAUCCACAGGAUUCAUCGUGAUUCCGGAGACAACUCCCAGACAGAGCCUCACUCAUUCAGAUACAAGAGCCGAAGGAAAGAGUCCAUUGACGUCAAGUCCAUAUCAUCUCGAAGCAGUGAUGCACCAAGCCUACAGAACCGCCGCUAUCCCUCCAUGGCAAGGAUCCACUCCAUGACCAUCGAAGCCCCCAUCACGAAGGUUAUAAAUAUAAUCAACGCAGCCCAAGAAAACAGCCCAGUCACAGUGGCAGAAGCCUUAGACAGGGUUCUAGAAAUUUUACGGACCACAGAACUGUACUCCCCGCAGCUGGGUACCAAAGAUGAAGAUCCACACACCAGUGAUCUCGUGGGAGGCCUGAUGACGGAUGGCUUGAGAAGGUUGUCAGGAAAUGAGUAUGUGUUUACAAAGAAUGUGCAUCAGAGUCACAGUCACCUUGCCAUGCCAGUAACCAUCAACGACGUGCCACCUUCUAUUGCCCAGUUACUUGAUAAUGAGGAAAGCUGGGAUUUCAACAUCUUUGAACUGGAAGCAGUUACACAUAAAAGGCCAUUAGUUUACCUGGGUUUAAAGGUCUUCUCCCGGUUUGGAGUAUGCGAAUUUCUAAACUGUACUGAAACUACUCUUCGGGCCUGGCUACAAGUGAUUGAAGCCAACUACCAUUCCUCCAAUGCCUACCAUAACUCCACUCAUGCCGCAGACGUCCUGCACGCCACCGCCUUCUUCCUUGGAAAGGAAAGAGUGAAGGGAAGCCUUGACCAGCUGGAUGAGGUAGCAGCCCUGAUUGCUGCCACAGUCCAUGACGUAGAUCACCCAGGACGGACCAACUCCUUCCUGUGCAAUGCCGGCAGUGAGCUUGCUGUGCUCUACAAUGACACUGCAGUCUUGGAGAGUCACCACACAGCCUUGGCCUUCCAGCUCACAGUCAAGGACACCAAGUGCAACAUUUUCAAGAAUAUUGACAGGAACCAUUAUCGAACACUGCGCCAGGCUAUUAUUGACAUGGUUUUGGCAACGGAGAUGACAAAACACUUUGAACAUGUGAACAAGUUUGUGAACAGCAUCAACAAGCCAAUGGCAGCUGAGAUUGAGGGCAGUGACUGCGAAUGCAAUCCUACUGGGAAGAACUUCCCUGAAAACCAAAUCUUGAUCAAGCGCAUGAUGAUUAAGUGUGCAGAUGUGGCUAACCCAUGCCGACCCUUGGACCUGUGCAUUGAAUGGGCUGGGAGGAUCUCCGAGGAGUAUUUUGCACAGACUGAUGAAGAAAAGCGACAGGGGCUACCUGUGGUCAUGCCGGUGUUCGAUCGCAAUACUUGCAGCAUCCCCAAGUCCCAGAUCUCCUUCAUCGACUACUUCAUAACAGACAUGUUUGAUGCUUGGGAUGCCUUUGCACAUCUGCCAGCCCUGAUGCAGCACUUGGCUGAUAACUACAAACACUGGAAGACAUUAGAUGAUCUCAAGUGCAAAAGUCUGAGGCUUCCAUCUGACCCCUAAAGCUGAGCAGGAGGAGACUGACCUCUUCAAAGGACACUGUGACUCAGUAGUGUAAACAAAAGGUUCUCCUUCAUAUAAAAAUGACAGGUGCAGAUUAAGGAGCUAAUGUUUAAUAUUUGACCCUAAGUCGUGCAAGUCUCCAAAUUUCAUUUUUUAAAAGUUAUGUUCCAGGAAGGAAAAUGUAUGUUCUUUUGAAUGAUCACUUAGUGCCAGAAGGAAUAUUCGGCAGCCUCCUAUGCUGGGCUGUCAUCCCGUGGACCCUCGUACAAUCAUGGAGCUGAUUCACAGUAAUUUACCAGAACACAAAUAGGGAAGACCUGGUACCUGUGAGCCUGGCCUCUGGGCUGGGGUCCAAGUAGCUUAGCCAGUGUUCUACUUAUCUUUUACCAUUAAAUUACCAACACUGUAUACUUGACCACCGUCUUCAACAGCAUCAGUCUGAAGGAUUCUUAAGACGCAUAUCUGAACAGAUAUAUCUAAGGGGAAAAAAGCUACCUAAAAUGAGCAGAACAACUAGGACCAAAUUACUGAUGGAGUGAUUAGUUAAGUGGUUCUCCUGGUUGGUGGUGUGACAGUCAAGUUAGAAUGCGCCUUGGCCUGGUGAGUGCUCCCUCUGGAAGGAUGACAGCAGCUUGGAAGCCCUCCCUCCUCUAGAAGUAGUUCACCCAAGAGAAAGCCAUCUGGGAUGCAGGAGGAGUGGCUUCUUGCUAGGAGGAAAUCCAUGAGCUUCCCUUAUUUUGGGUUCACAGAGGUAACCACAAGGCACUAUCCUAAAUAUUAUAUAAAAGCCAUUUAAUCUGAAUGCCCUUGGAAAAGCUUUUUUAAGGAAAAAAAAUUUAUAUACAUUUGCUGUUAAACAUUUUUAUUAAAACAACCUAAAUUUUCUGGGUCUAGGCCCAUGGAGUUUGUUGUGCCAUGCACCACCUAUAUGUCUAUAUUUGGGACGGGAUGGGGAUGUUUCAAGGUUCAGAUAUUUUUAACUUAUCUAUAUUUGAGAUCAUGUCAUUUGCUUUAAUGAUGUAAAGUUAUUGCAAGAUGUGUAAAUAUAUUAGAAAAUUGGCAUAAGGAGAGGCAGCAAAUAAUAUUUUAAGCUAUUAAUUGUAUGCUAAAAGCUUCUAAAGCACAAGUGCAUAUUUUUAUACAGCUCUUUUCACAACUUCCUGUGAUCUAUAUAAAGUCAAACUUAAUGUUUUCCUUUCAUCAGCCAGCCCUUCUUGGAGUUAUGGAUAUUAGAAACUCAGUAAACAGAGUAUGUUAGUUUUACUUUUUCUGUACUCCAUGUUGCAUCUUUAAGAGGUAUAUAUACAGAUGAAAUUAAUUGAAUAAGUAGUUGCUUUUUCCAAAAGAAAAACGUAUUUCAGAAAUGAGACAUGGGAAGAAAAAAACUGACAUCACUACAUAAUGUGCCAAUUUUUUUCUAUGUUUUGUACCCAAAAUGGAAACAUAUAUGACAACUCCAUGCAAAGAAAUGUAUUUAAAUUAUUUUUGUUAGAUGAUAAGAGAACUUGUUCGGGCAGGGCAGCAGCCCGCUUCGUGUUGUGAUGCUCUUAUGUAAAUGUGAUUUCAUGUUUUUGUGAAGUACUUGUGACUAAAUUCCUACAGCCAUUUUCCAUUCCCAACAGCUGUUUUCAUUUUACCUCUUUGGCCUAAACUUUUCAUAAUUUCAAAUUUUGGAUUUAGUGUCCUUUAUUUCAUGAAUCACACACUUUGUUUUCAGAACACGUUAAAAUCAGGAUGUUAACUCCUGAUAAGGAGCUUCAGAAACUUGCUGGAGGCAAGGACAAUAUUUUUCUGACCACCUUGCUUUUAAUUCCAUUUGGUAAGUAACAUUUAUCAGGUUUCUGAUUUUUUUUAUAUUAAAAAAAUUACAGGUUAGUGUUAUGUCAAGUAAAUCUCAUGUUAACAUCAAAGCUUAAAUAUGUAGAUGUUCAAUCAUUUAAGACAGUGGGGUCUGCAAAUACUAGCACAGCUCUACUACCUAUCAGUUGUAGUCUGCAGAGCAACUUUCUGAGUUGCCAACUGGCAUAGUCUUCAUAUAAUCAACUAGAAAUACAGACUUUCAGGUGGUAUAUAGAACUCAGUUUCUACAUGAUACAAACUAUUACAUUUGCCACUUAAACAAAUUUAUUUACUAACUACAACACCAUGUCUUGAAGAGAGCCAUAUUAGGAAAAUGCAAAGCCAUCUAAUUAGAAGUUUCAUGAUUAUUACUUCCAGCUGAAAAAAGAAAAUUGGGUGCUACUUGAAAGAUCCAUAUUUUCUCAUUUUUGUCAUUGUUUACAGUUAAGACUCUAUCUUUCAGGGCAAAGAAGGACCUAUCAGUAGUCAAUCCACAUGAGAAAUAGAAAGGGUGAACUUUCAAUUAUGUUUUGUGAAUGUAGCCAGAAAGUGAAGUGGAAG